GAUACACGACUUUGGAUUCCGCGUGUCGGUAUUUUUGUGCGAUAUUGCAUAUCGACUAAAAUGCUGAAAUCAGCUGCUACGGCACUAUAUAGAAAAACUUAUAAUAUCUUGCAAGCACAGCGACAAAUCAAAAGCAACACGCACAAAAUGGCAGAGCUAGCUGCUAUUCCUCUCGUGGAAAUUGAGGACCAAGGCAUUUUUAAAUAUAUUCUCAUAAAGGUGACCGGGAAAGAGACUGAAGACGGUUCUGAGCCCAGCAAACUGAUUGUUCGGGGCUAUGCAGACUGCGAAUGGCAUGCGGAUAUAUAUGAGCGUACGCAGAAGAUCUGCAAAUCGGGGGCACUGGACACCGAAUGCCUUGGUGGAGGACGUAUUGAACAUAACCCUCAAAAGAAGUACUUGAAGGUAUAUGGACAUUCCACGGGUUAUGGAAGAGCGGAUCACUCAGAAUCGAAACGAAUUCUACUAACCAAGUACACGAACUACGAGAUUGAAACUUCAGAUGAAGGAUAUUAGGCUCCAUUGCUUAAAAUAAACAUCAAAACAUCUAAGGAGGCGGCGCCAGCAUUUCAUUGAAAUGUAAAUUUCAUGGAAAGCCAGUCGAUCAGUAGUGUGCAACUGUUCACAUAUCCCCUACAUUACAAAUUUGGAAUCCUCUCAAAAUUAUAGUCAGCUUUUUUC